GUAGGGCACGCCCCUUACUAUAAAUUCCAAGCUGCCAAGAACGUCUUUUGGACCUCUCUCUGUUUGUGACUGGUCAAGAGAUGACCCAGGUGAUGACAAGCACCCCUAUGGAGGACCUGCAUCAUAGUCCCAGGGAAGACCGGCCUUCCUACCAGAUCUUUCCGGACCCCUCGGACUUUGAGCGAUGCUGUAAGCUGAGGGAUCGGCUGCCCUCCAUCGUGGUGGAGCCCAUGGAGGAAGAGGAGGAGGAAGUGGAAAGCGGUGAGCUGCGCUGGCCUCCCAAAGACUUUCUGGUUAGGGAGGAAGAGGAGGAGGGAAUGGGCAAGAGCGAGGCAGGGCAGCCAGCUCAAAACUGUAAGCACUAGAGGCACACCAUGCGCAUGGAUACACACACUCACUCACACACACGCACACACACACACGCACGUAUACAUAAACAAUGCAUACUCGCUCUCAUACGAAUACACUGAGACAUGCAUGUGCGCAUACAGAUACACGUAAAUGAUGCGUACUCACUCUAUUACAGACACACAUGUGACAAUUGCACACACACACACACAGGCACACAUACACACACAUACACACACACACACAGACUCCAUUUCGUCCAAAGGAACAAAGAGCACCAUGCCCUCUCCUUGCACCAGUCACAUGACUGAAAGAGAUUCUUCCUCCAAGCCAUCACUAUGGUGUCUUCCAUGCGGAGUCCCAUCUUCUUUUUUUCUCCAUAUCCGUGUACAGUAUUUUUAUGAUUAUUGUCAUAUGAGCAUUAUUAUGCAAGUAAAACUGUGUGUCUAAGAAAGUGUGUACAGUAGUGUUUGUGUCUGUGGGUGGGUUUCUGUUCAUAUUUUGCCUAGGGCGGGGGAUGUUUGAAGGGGCAAUAGCACAGAUGUAUAUUAGGAGCUGGUGAAGUUCAAGUUGGGUGAUGAAUCGCAAAAGAGGAGACCAUGCAGGAGGCACCAUGGGACGAGUGAAAUAUUUGCCUCCAUCUUGUCACCAUUUUCAUUUACUAUCGGGUUUGAACAAAUGUCCUCUGCAGGCGGACAACAUUAAUGUGGCUCACAUACCCAGCUUGGACUUAAGCUAGGUUUUGAAACAGCUGGUAGUUGGUUGGCCAGUUCAGACCAGCUACAAGCUUGACAUGGUUUAGCUGGUUGACUAGUUCAGACCAGCUCCCAGCUUUACAUGGUUUGAUCAGCUCAAGCUAUAAAACGGCUGGUAGCUGGUCCACCAGCUCAGACAAGCUACCAGCUCAAGCUGGUUGACUAGCUAGACCAGCUUGCCCAACUCAAUUUUAAAGUCAAGGCAUAGCUGUAUUUUACAGCUGGGUAGUCAAACAAACCCCCAGUACCCUGAUUUCAAUUAUGUUAAAGUCUGUAUUGUCUGAAUUUCCAGUGGUGAGAUGGUACACUUGUUGAACUUGUUGUGACCUCUCUAAUUACCUUGCCAGUAAACUAGAGACCGUAGUUUCCAACUGUUGUCAUUACAUUUCUGUUUCAACUUGUGACAAUGUUACCGUGACACAUACUGGGGACAAAGUCCUGUUUUGAGUCAUUUUGAACAUUGAACAUCAAAUAUUGAUGUCUCAUUUUGAUUCUUAAAUAUCAUAGCACCUCUGUGCAAGAUCUCUCCCUUCAUUUCACUCUAGUCCUUAGAUGGUAUUAUGUGAAAACAAUACUGAUUUAUGGCUUUCGAUUAGCAUCAAAACCUUCAAUCCCACAAUCUGUUAAGUGUUUUCAUAAAUGGCAUAUAAACCUCAAUUUGACCUUGUAUACAUUCUUCAAUGCUCUGCACCCUGCCAUUUGGGAAAGUAGUUUAUUCAUGGGGAAGGUUAAUCUAGAUGAGAACGAUAAGGUCACAUACUUUUCUGAGAAGACAAUAUAACCUAUAGCCUCUUAGUACUACCCUUCAAGGUGUUCGUUUUUUUUUUUUUAUCACACCAGAGGAAACUUUGUUGUAAAAGGAACCAAACUUUUGGGGUUUUUCCAUUGCACUUCCACCCACUUGCACUUGUCUUUGUCCUAGCUGUCUUUUACUGAGUAAAAUGAAGAGUGUGUCUGUUCCCUCUUUUUGUCUGUGCUGCCUCUGUUUUAUUAUUAUGGCCAUUUUUAAAGCUCAGGGAGAUUGGAUUGGCUGUCAUUUUGUUCUUUCCGUUUUGGUCAAAGUGUUCAAUCGCCUUCGAGUUUGUAAAUAAACAUUUGAAAGUUCUUUCCAACCA